UCAUUCACGAGAAAGCCCCACCAAGAGACCGAACGAUGCGUCCGCCGGACCAGCUCGUUAGCGCACCGAUUCGGUUGAAGCUAACGCUAGCGCAGAUUAUCAGCGGUAUCGCAAGAAGGAAGUCAGCACCCGUUUAACUUGUUAUCAUUAAAUACUGUCGAGUAAUUGGAACACAGCGUAAUCAAGUGAUUUUGAAAAUGUUUUAUUUUUUUUUUUAAUCAAUUCUCUGUUCGUGUCUUGAAUCAAAACGCUUUCGUACCCUUUCAAUCAAAACGAUUCCUGGGCGUUAGCAUAGAUGCUACCGAUGUUAGCAUAACAGUCCAAAGAACGAGCCUUAAAAGACAUUUUUUUUAAAAACUACACUUCAAAACGUUGCUUUACAAAGUCUCCAACGACCGUCGACGAUGUCAGUCGGUUAGCUUUAUUUACCCAAAACUAGGAGUCCUCCAGAUUUCCGUUACGUGAUGGCUAGCUAGUGUGUUGUUCCUCACGACAUGAUAGUGAAAAAGGAAAGUGUCUAAAGGGACCGCUCUUCUCAAGAUACUAAGACCUCCACAUGUCCAAAGACCAUCAUGUCCCAAACGACCAACUGUGACGAUGGGUGCUUUGUCGCCAUGGACACUGAGGACGACGGCGCCGACCCCGCCGGAAGAAUAGAAGCCCUUGAGGCAAAGAUGGGGUCCUAUCGGGAAGAAGGGGACAUGGAGACUUGUGCCAAAGCGGGAGGGAGAACCAUGAUGGAGCUGCCGGAGGAAGUCCUUGAAUAUAUUCUGUCCUUUCUGUCACCUUACCAGGAGCACAAAAUGGCCGCGCUUGUAUGCAAGCAGUGGUAUCGCCUCAUCAAAGGUGUCGCUUAUCAGUGCUAUCACGGGUUCAUGAGAGCUGUCCAGGAGGGAAACAUUCAAUGGGAAAGUCGAACGUACCCGUAUCCAGGAACUCCGAUCACGCAGCGCUUUUCGCACAGCGCAUGCUAUUACGAUUCAAACCAAUCCAUGUAUGUGUUCGGGGGCUGCACCCAGAGUAGCUGCAAUGCUGCCUUUAACGAUUUAUGGAGACUGGACCUAAACAGUAAGGAGUGGAUCCGUCCUCUCGCUUCAGGUUCCUACCCGUCUCCUAAAGCUGGAGCGACUCUCGUGAUGCACAAAGAUCUGUUAGUGCUAUUCGGAGGGUGGACUAGACCGAGUCCUUACCCACUACACCAACCAGAGAGAUUUUUCGAUGAAAUCCACACCUACUCUCCUUCAAAGAACUGGUGGAACUGUAUAGUGACGACGCACGGACCGCCACCAAUGGCUGGCCACUCUUCGUCUGUCAUCGGCAACGUCAUGGUGGUGUUUGGAGGCUCACUAGGAGCACGGCAAAUGAGCAAUGAUGUGUGGGUUCUGGAUCUGGAUCAGUGGUCCUGGUCCAAACCAGCCAUAUCUGGUCCCUGCCCACACCCGCGAGGUGGCCAGUCACAGAUUGUGAUUGAUGACCACACGUUGCUUAUUUUGGGAGGCUGCGGAGGCCCAAAUGCUCUCCUCAAGGAUGCUUGGCUGCUCCACAUCGAUGCUCCCACGUGGAGGUGGCAGCAGCUGCAGGUGGAGAACGAGGAUCACGGUGCCCCGGAGCUGUGGUGCCACCCGGCUUGCAGAGUGGGCCAGUGUGUGGUGGUCUUCUCGCAGGCGCCUUCCGGCCGCGCACCGCUCAGCCCAAGUCUUAACUCUCGGCCCUCCCCAAUAAGUGCCAUACCCGCCCCCCUGGGCCCAGAACCGCCGUCCUUGCGCUCUCAGUCUCCCGUGCGGAGCGGGGCAGCCGGCGUCGUCCUCGGCGCUGCGGAAGAGGCCCCGUGCGUGAAUGGCCGGUGGGGCACGCUGAGACCCCGGCCUUCAGCCAGAGGAAGUGCCAGGGACGGCAGCCCAUCCUCUUCCCAGCAGCCGUCUCCUUCGCAAUGCCCCGACAGCCCCCCGCUGCCGCCGCACCCGCCAAUACUGAACGGCUCCUCCCCUUCCCCGCGGACCAGUCCGGCACAGGCCGCGUCGCCACCCCUUCGCGCCCAUCCGGCUGCCUCUACAGACUAUAGCUGGGAGGCAGCACAUCACCCCGAAGUGCCCAGCACUAACGGCCUGCACACACCUCCUACGGGUUCCCCCCGCACCCCACCGGGAGCCGUGUCCCCGGCCGCCUUACGACGAGGCCUGGAGGCGGUCAAAAACACAUCUUCCUCAUCUUUACCGUCUUCAUUAUCGUCGCCUUCCCUUCAAACCCAGGGAGCUCCUCACGGAGCGGGAGCGGGCCCACCCGGAGCUUCCCCGUCCUCCUCCUCCAGCCCCCCGCAGGCCGCCGGAGCGGACGGACACGCCAUCCCCCCGAUUGCCCGGCGCCUCGGCCACCACCCCCCCCAGAGUCUGAACGUAGGGAAACCUCUGUACCAGUCGCUCAACUGCAAGCCAAUGCAGAUGUACGUGUUGGACGUGUCGGGCGCCAAAAGCGCCGGCACCGUGGCUUGGAGAGUUUACGGAAACGGCACCCCUGCUGCGGUUACGGGGCCCCCGGAGACCAGCCUCCACACUGUGGUGCAGGGCAGGGGGGAGCUCAUUAUUUUCGGAGGCCUCAUGGACAAGAAACAGAACGUGAAGUACUACCCUAAGACAAACGCCUUGUACUUUGUCCGCGCAAAGAGGUAAUAACGGACCGGAGGGGAUCACAGGGGUCCGGCCCGUGACCACACAAGGGAAUUGACACGUAAAAGCCUUUUUCUUAUAGGAAGGAUUAUUUGGGAAUCUGUUAGAUGUUCCACUUCACAAUUUCCUCCCUCCUGGCUUCUGCAAAAUAAAACAUCUUAGCCACGUUUUGGAAAAAUGAACAAAAACCACUUCAUGACUUGGGCGUUAUUUUGGACUGUACUGAUCCUACGUGACAUGAAUAGCUCCAAAUGGACUGCUCAAACAGACCGCAACAUUUCCGCUUUUGUCGUCUUCUGAACUCUUGAGGAAGGACGCCGUUGACAGGAACGCAUGACGACGACCUUGCUUUUGGUCUCAUUCUUUAAGCCUGCAAUGUUUACAUCCAAAACUGUGUGUAUGUGUAUGCGUGUGAUUAUGCUUGGUGGUGGUUCAAAAGUUGUGAGAGAUGUGGCACAAUAUACUAUAAACAUAGUAAAACAAUAAAGGCCUCCACGUCUCCUUC